AACACCGAAUCGGCAUUUGCAGACGUUACGUAGAUCCACUCCGACCAACCUUUAGCUUAGCCUUUCAAACUCUUCCUUUAUUCAGCUAGAUUUGAUUUGGAUCGCUCCUGAGCCGGUUGUAUUUAAGAAGCUGAAGGUUAAUAACGCGGGACAGACAGUUGUGAAGCUUCACAGAGUGAAUUUCAUGUGUUAGCUCGAGCUGAAGUCCAGUAGAAACAGCAGUCAUGGGCUCCAGAGCUUCAUCUCUGCUCAGAGAAGAGGACAUUGAAGAAAUCAAGAAGCAAACGGGAUUCUCCCACAGUCAGAUCACUCGCCUCUACAGCCGCUUUCACAGUCUCGAUAAAGGAGAAAAUGGAGCGCUCAGCCGAGAAGACUUCCAGAGGAUUCCCGAGUUGGCCAUAAAUCCUCUUGGCGAUCGGAUAAUUAAUGCCUUCUUCCCAGAGGGUGAGGAUCAGGUGAACUUUCGGGGCUUCAUGAGGACUCUGGCUCACUUCCGUCCUGUGGAGGAUAACGAGAAAAACAAAGACCCGACUUCUGGCGAGCCGCUCAACAGCAGGACCAACAAACUCUUCUUCGCUUUUCAGUUAUACGACCUUGACCGAGACGACAAGAUCUCUAGAGACGAACUGCUACAGGUUUUGAGAAUGAUGGUGGGUGUGAAUAUUUCUGAUGAGCAACUUGGAAGCAUUGCAGACAGAACCAUCCAGGAAGCUGACACUAAUGGAGACAUGUGUAUCUCCUUCAGUGAGUUCACCAAGGUAUUGGAAAAAGUGGAUGUCGAACAGAAGAUGAGCAUCCGCUUCCUUCACUGAAAACCAAAUGUGUUCUGAACUCUGAUUGGAGACCAUCAGUGUCAAUAGAAAUAAGACACGCCCCCUGAUUCUUCUCUCUGUGGGCUGAUUUAUCCUUUUUAAACAUGAUCACGUUCUCAUCAUGUUGCGUUUGUUUCAAUCAUCUAUCACUCUUGAGUUGCUGUUGCACUAGAAGGCCAGAUCCAGUGCCUUCGCUAUUCUCAAAAGUCACAGCGGCUUUUAUCUUGUAAAAUUCUAUUUAUUCCGGCUGUGAAAGCAGCUGAUUAAAACUUUCCAAAUGGCGAAGCUGUCACUGAUAUUGAUACUGGUGGAUGCUUGUUGUCAUGCCCAUUUCGUCACCAACUUAAAGGCCAAAUCUUCCGAGAAACUUUCCUUCUCACCCAUAAAAAUGAUAUUUCGCUCCACAAAAAUACCUCAAUGUAAGGGUGGAAAAGGGUUUUUUCAUUCUCGUAAUUUAUAAUGAUCUUAAGUCAUCAG